AACAAUCUAACCGCUAACUUAAGCCUUAACCAUUAUUUGUUUCUCUUGUUUGUUCGUGACUAAUCGUGUGUUUGUUGUUUUUCUGUUUCUCCCACCCAUCCGCGCACACAGAUCUUGACCAAACUCACUUGAGUAGCAAAAACAAAAUGGAGAACGGCAUACAGGUGGUGCCGCAAACACCGUUACUCGUCAGCGAUUACCUAACACUCAGCGCACCACCCACAUAUUCCCGCCUGCCACCCGACGGCCAUGAGUUUCCGCCCAAUUUCAGCGAACCGCUCAUAAUGCCCCCGCCAAGCACAAACCUGUUGAAGGCUGCCAGCCUAAUGCAAUCCACCACCACCACAAUGACAAUGUCCAGCACAAAGGGCAGCGCCAACAAUAACAACAACACAAACACCAUUUACACAGAGAAACUAUAUACAGCAGCCAGCGCUAACGGUGGACAAACAAUGGUCGCCAGCACACGCACAACACACACACACAUCAGCAACAACGUUGCGAAUGCUGCCCCAGGCGCUGGUGCAACAGUGGCAGCGGCGACGGCUACAUUAACAACACAAUCGGCGUCACCGAAUGGCACAUUGAAGAUAAAUAGCACAAAAGUGGAAAUGCCCACGCUGGAGUUCACCGUCAGCAGCAGCGGCAGUAAAGUGGCCGCCAGCACAGACACAGGCAGCGCACCGCCACCGCUACCGAAAUCGGGACCACCACCCACGGUGCCGCGCAAGGUGUAUCGACAGGAUUUGGUGGUGAAUGUGGAGGACACGCGUCAGCCGACAGAUAAGCGCAGCGAUGUCCUCGCCGAAGCCACCACACCGUCGGGCGCCGGCAACGCUAAAUUAUUAUUCGAGUCAAGACACAGCCGUUCCACGCAGAAUCUUUCGUCGAGCGGUGGUAGCACGCCAACAGCCAACAAAUUGGAGCCGCCCACAUUUGAGCUAGGCGGCAGUGGAAACGACUAUAAGCGUUCGUUGAGCGCGCCACGUCGACACGGCGAUUGGCGUAAGGACGAGAAGUCGGAGAAGAGCGUACGCGACAAGAUCGCUAUGUUUUCCAAUGAUGCGGAAGGAAGUGGCGCUGACACGCCAGUAAAACCCUUGAGCUUUUCAGGCACAAAAAGCGCUACGAAGCCGCUCAACUUAAGCACGGAGAAUUUGCUCGAUACAGCGACUAGCGCGCGCUAUGCCAACACAUCCACUAAUCUGACGAAAACGCGUGCGAUGAGCGUAGAGAAUCUGAAUGAUGUAGCGCGUCAGGUACAGUUAGCCAAACAAUUGCCCACACAAACCUUUUCGGACUCAAUGUAUGCGCUAAAUACAUUGGCCACCGACUAUACGCAGAGUUAUGCGUCAUUGCCGCGUCGCCAUAUGCAACAUUUGGAGCGACGCAUCAGCUUUUCGGGUCAGCCAACCUACAUGCCGGACGAGGCAUCACGCAAGGCUGCCAUAACAAAUAUAUUGGAACAACGGCGCCGUAGCAUGUCCAAGCUGCGCGGUCUGGUUAUACCAGAGCGCCCACAUGUGCCGUUGGAGCCCAUACUAGAUCUGCCUGAGAUCAAAAGUCGUGAUAGUGAGAAGUUGAAAUCCGGCAACACGUCGUCCACAGAUUCCACGGAUAGCGGUGUUGGUUCGAGCAGCGGUUACUUCUCGACAGUGCCACGUCCCGCCAAACGCACAGAGCUAAUACAAAACUCACCGCUUCGUCCACUCACGGUGGCCACCACUAGCAAUACCGCCAACAUUGCCGCAAAUAAUGGUUAUCGUAGCAUUUUCGGCACACAAACCGCUUCGCCACGUCACGCCACAACAGUGCAAUCGCCUUUAGCUAUGUCACAUCAGCCACGACGCUUCGAACCAGCGUUACAGGGCACACCGCCAGCCAAGCCACCGCGCACCUCGCUCAGCGUGCCACCACGUCAGCAUGCCAUGCAUGAAGAAAGCGACUCCGAUUCGGUUUUCUCUUCAAAGGUUUCCUCACCACCCAUGUCGCCGUGCGUGCCACAGUUGCCAGAGAAGUUUGCGCUCACACGCACACUCUCCUCGGAGACUAACACUUCUAUAGCCAGCUCAACUACUUCUACGCUCACAUCCGGCUCGGGUUCGCAGGCGAGCUGUUCCUCAGUGGGUAGCACACCGACAGUUGAUCUGUCGCGUCGUGUACUGAAGUCGGGCUCCAGUGAUUCGGCAACGAAUCGUAAGAAUAUACUUGCAUCGGCGAAGUGUCGCAAUGGACGCGGUGACGCCUCAGCGCUACUACGUAAUCGUCCCUACGAUGAUGAGGACAGCACCGAUGGUUAUGAUGAGGACGAAGUCCGGCGUGUGCACAAAUCGAAACCGCGUUCCACAUCGGGUGCUUCACUGGUGAUAAUGCCCAAUAAGUUGGUGUCAGCGUCAGCACCCAUCAACUAUAAAUUGGUUUCGAAAAAUGACCAAAGUCUCGUCGAUAAGGUCAUCAACGUAGCCGCCUAUGUUGAGGUCACUUCAGAUACAGAUGACAGUAGCCGCAAAUCGGAUAGUACCUCGCCAUUGAAACUCAGUGCCAUGUUAAUCGAUGAAGAACGCAAAGCCAGCUUCAAGGCCGAUCCCAGUCAAAAGGCCAGCACACCGCCGAAAGUGGCAUGCAAACCCAAACCGGCUGCUAUACUGCCAGCAGUGACCGCGGUACCCGUACAACCUGUCACACCACGCAAAGCAACUGAAGUUGUGACGCCACCGAAAAAGUCACAGCCCGAUGCUAGCAAUGAGCUAACACAAUGGAUGCAAGUUGAGGUUGCUAAAAAGGCUACGCAACAGUUCGCCGGUAGGAAUAUAACCGAACGUAAGCCACUCAAGCCAGUGCUUGAGAAAUAUGAGUCCUCGGUGACAAGCACUAAAACUUACAACAGCAAAACAACCACAACAGCGAAGGUAACCACGGCCGAGAUACGUGAAAAGUUCGAACGUACAGCGGCCGCAGAGCGUGCAGCCGCCGCAGCUGCAAAUGCCACAUCGAACGUCUCGCCAGCUGCCUCGACAAAUAGUCUGCUUGCUACUAAAGUCUUGAGCGGCAAAGCUGGUGCUAACUACCACGAACGUUUCCCCUCGCUUGAUUCCGUAGCCUCAUCAUCGUCUGGCGUGAGCUCGAGCACACAGAAUGUGUCCACACAAGAGAAUACCAACGAAUUUGGCAGCUUUUCGUCGCUUGGCAGCAAUCAGAGCUUGAUUACUGCACAAGAUAUACAACAGAUCAUUGAGGAGGCGGAACCGCCACUCAAAACACCGGAAGCUUUCAUAGUGGUGCUACAACGUGAUACGCCCGAGAGUAGUAUUGGCAUCACGCUAGCCGGUGGCUCCGACUACGAAGCCAAGGAGAUAACGAUACAUAAAAUUUUAAACAACACACCAGCCGCCAAGGAUGGACGUCUGAAGAAGGGCGAUCGCAUAUUGGCUGUCAAUGGCAUGAGCAUGCGUGGCCUAACGCAUCGCGAGUCCAUCACUGUGCUGAAGACGCCACGUCCCGAAGUGGUGCUCGUCGUCACACGUUCCGAGUCGGUCAUUGUCAAACCGCUCACCAAGAAACGCUCCUCACUCGGCUCGCUCACUUCGUUGAAUGAGAAACCCACCGAAGUGGAUUACGAGAAGAAGCGUAACUAUCAUAAGGCCUCGCGUUCGCUCGACUUGGAUUUGGAUAUUGUCUCGGCAAGUGAAGAUGCUGGCGCAUCGAAGACACCCAGCACAGUAUCGAGCGCAAGUCCUACGCCGACCACGACUGACACCACUGCCGCCACGUUGGCUAGCAUACGCACGCGGCGCCAGCAAUCGCGUGCCGAUGCGAGUAAAUUGAGCACCAGUGAGCUGCUGGAGCGUGCCGCCGAGACGCGUAACGCCAUUGCUGCGGAAAUUCGUGCGCAAGAAGAUGCCGCCACCGGCUCACGCUCCGUCGAAAUCAUUAAGGACAGCUGCGGACUGGGUUUCUCCAUUGAGGGUGGCUUCGAUUCGCCGUUAGGCAAUAAACCAUUAAUUGUGAAGAAAGUCUUUAUGGGUAAGUGCAAAAAAUAUUAA